CGGUGUCUUGUUCUGUUUCAGUUAAUGAAUGUGACAAAAUGCUGCACUAAACACGACGAAUUGAACUAAAAACAACCUGACGCUCUUCCUGUGUGCGUGUGUGGCAGUGACGUGGACCCAUAGACAAGUCUAGACCAACAGUAACCGAGACAAGUUAAAGCAUCCUUCCGGUGUUGCAAAUCAUCAAGUCAUUCGUACUCGUGUGUUGGAAGUCAGCCAGCGAUCGAACAAACCAAUAUUGGCCUGAAAAGAAGAGGCGGCAAAAGGAAAAGGAAAGAAAGCGACUGACUGAAGUGAUUUAUUUGGAGAUCUGAGAGGGGAGAGAGAUGGUGCAGUUGGCGGUGGACAAGGCGCCAGCCAAUUACCCCGACUUCCCCUUCACCAAUCUGGUCGCAGUCAACGCCGAAGACUUCCUCGAGAAAGACAAACAUGUGAAGGUGACAGGUGAGAGUGGACGCAUGUUCCACGUCUUCUCCAUCCAACGAAUGCAGGAGGUGCUCAGAGGAGCCAUCUGCUUCAACACUGGACAGAGGCAGUUUGCGGGUCUGGGUGCUGGACAGCGGGUGGAGGUGGAGGUGUACAAGUUCGAGCAGAAUGAUUACAUCACAUCCAUCUCCCUCAAGGCCGACUUCAUCUCCAAGAAAACGGCACAGCCGGACAUUCCGUUUGACACGGACAAGAUGUCACAUGAAUUCUGCAUGCAGUUCCAGAAUCAGGCCAUGCAGCCGGGCCAGACAAUCUUCUUCAAGUUCAACGAAAGCAAACUCCUGCUCACAGUGACGGAACUCAGUGGUGGGGGAGCGAAAUCGUUUUUGAAGACCCUGUCCAAACCGAAGCCGCUGGAGCGAGGUCUGUUCAUGAGCAAUGCAGUGGCAACAUUCGACCGAGCUGACGGUUCCUCCAUCAUGCUCACAGGCAAGAGCAAGGGAAAGGCCAGUCAGCACACCUCGAUAAUCAACCCGGACUGGGACUUCCAGAAGAUGGGCAUAGGGGGACUGGAUGACGAGUUCAGUGCCAUCUUCAGAAGGGCAUUCGCAUCCAGAGUGUUCCCUCCUGAUGUGGUCCAACAAUUGGGACACAAACACGUCAGAGGCAUCCUAUUGUUUGGACCACCAGGGACUGGUAAGACACUGAUGGCACGUCAGAUCGGCAAAAUGUUGAAUGCUAGGGAGCCCAAGAUCAUCAAUGGACCAGAGAUUCUGAACAAGUUCGUCGGUCAGAGCGAGGAGAAUGUCCGCAAACUGUUCGAAGACGCCGAGGAGGAACAGAAACGAUGUGGGAUCAACAGUGGUCUGCACAUCAUCAUCUUCGACGAGAUAGACGCCAUCUGCAAGGAGAGGGGGUCCACAGGGGGAGGCACUGGGGUGCAUGACACUGUGGUGAACCAGCUGCUGAGCAAGAUGGACGGAGUCAACCAACUUAACAACAUACUCGUCAUAGGCAUGACCAACAGAAAGGACCUCAUCGACGACGCCCUCUUGCGACCUGGCAGAUUGGAAGUGCAAACAGAAAUCUCUCUCCCAGAUGAGAAAGGAAGACACCAGAUAUUCGAGAUAUAUGUGCAGAGAAUGCGCGAUUUCCAAAAGUUGGCAGAUGAUGUAGACACGAAAGAACUAGCCGCCCUGACUAAGAACUUCUCUGGAGCUGAGAUUGAGGGUUUGGUGCGAGCGGCACAGGCUACAGCACUGAACAGACUAAUUAAGGGCGGAGUUGGCGCCUUGCAAGAGAAAGAAAACAAAAAGAAGGACUCUGGUGGUAAUAAGAAUGGCAAAAUAGAACUAGAUGCAGACGCGGCUGAUAAGAUCAAGAUCUGCAGAGACGACUUCAUGAUGGCUCUGGAGAAUGACAUCAAGCCAGCUUUUGGCUACAAUACAGACACCCUGAAGGAGUCCAUUCCGAAUGGCAUAAUCCAGUGGGGUCAGAGUGUGGAUAGAGUGAUGGAGGAUGGCCGGCUGAUGAUCAAACAAACCAGACAGUCGGAGAUGACGCCAAUUGUGUCAUUCUUAAUUGAAGGACCACCGAACUGUGGAAAAACUGCCCUGGCAGCACACCUGGCUUUAGAGUCUGACUUCCCCUUUGCCAAAAUCAUCUCCCCAGCCAACAUGAUUGGAAUGACUGAGCUGGCUAAGUGUCAUGCCAUCAAAAAGAUAUUUUUCGACGCUUACAAGUCCACGCUCAGUGUCGUGGUAGUGGACGAAAUAGAAUCAUUAAUUGACUAUGUGCCGAUGUGUCCGGGCAAGUUCAGCAACAUGGUCCUGCAAGCCCUCAUCGCACUGGUGAAGAAAGUGCCCCCGAAAGACAAGAGACUGUUGGUUGUCGGGACUACAAGUAGGAAGGAUGUCCUGGAUGACAUGGGACUCCUAUCGGCAUUCAACUCCUCAUUCCAUCUGUCCAAUAUUACAAAGGGACCUGAGAUCAUAAAAGUAGUCUCGGAGAUGGGUUGUUUCUCGGAGCAAGAACUGUCCACGAUAAACAAGAAAGUAGCCUCUCUCACAUGUUUUGUGGGCAUCAAGAAGUUGAUUGUGUUGGCGGAGGCUGCCAAGCAGAGCCCAACUGACAGGGUCAACACAUUCCUAUGUCUAUUAGAAGAGGAAGCAGGACUGCAACCGACGUAAAACUUCUGCUUUGUAAUUGGAAAUGACUCGACGGACAGUCAAACUUGAACGUUCUCUGCAAUUGACCGAUUGUUCAAGAACACGGAGGAGCACAUACCGCAACGAACAGUGGCAAUUGAUUGACACCGCCUGACCUAGAUUGCAUUCCCUAGAACAGAAACUUUUGAUAUCUCAGCAACCGUUAAGUUAUUUCUUUACAUAAUGCCAGAAUGGAUGGUUAUUUGCGUUUUGUUAGUUAAUUAUUGCAUCACGUCAAUACUGCAUUUAUGUAGCCUGUGUUCUUUGAAUCUGCAAUAUGAACCCAUUGUAUAUUUUUCGAUAUUUUUUUUGAAUAUCCUCAAGUGCUUAAUUAUGUUAUAAAUAAACACGAAUACGUGCUAAUCGUUUUUGAGCGGGUUGAGUAUAUUAAAAAGUUACCGCUUGACAUAUGGAUUUUUAUUACCAGUGAAUCUGUAAAAUUUUGUUUCAUAGUUGUACCAAUUUGAUCACUCCUUAUAUAACUUAAUAAAUUAUUAGAAUGCG